UUUCUCUCUCUUGCUCUCCCCUCAGGGUAGGACUCCAUUACAUUAUGCUGCAGCAAUGGAUCGUGUUCAUGUUUGUUACCAUUUGCUCAAUAAAGGAGCUGAUGCUAGUCAAAGAGACAGUGACAAUAAGACUCCAUUGGAUUAUGCAUUGAUCAAGCAACACGAGUUUGUUGUGGCUCUCUUCACUUGUCAUGAUGCAUCAGUUGGGGACUUCAUUAAAAUGCAGAGGAGUGAGGCUGAUACUGGCAGUUUAUACAGUGGUGGUACUGAUGGGUGUAGUUUAGUGUCUGAGAGUGUGUCAUUCAUUGCUCCAUCAGAAUAUGCUAACAGGUCAAAUGUCACUGGUAUCAUUAAUCAUUAUCUUGGAUACUUUAUACCCGGAGAUAAUAAAUGUCCUCCUCUUCAUUAUUAUUUCUGGAUCAAAGGCUCAAAGUUGUACUGGUCUCGAUCAAUCAAGAGACACAACAGAAAGAAAGGGACCGUACUGUCAGUAAUAGGAGGAGCUAGUCAGAGGAUAAAGGACAGGGAGGACUACUCACCAAAUGAUCUUCAUCGUUAUUCAUUUUGUGUUAUAACCGAGGAAGAGCUCCUUGAUCUUAUAGCCUACAGUGAAGAUAGCUUUAAAUAUUGGAUGCAAUCACUGGAGGAUAUAUCAGUACAUAAUAAUGAGAUGAUGGAGGAGAGGAGAGAGGAAGAAGAGGGAGAGGGUAUGGAAGAGGGUACAAUGUGUCGUGAUGAUGAUCAAGUGAUGGGGACUGAUGGUUUCAGCUCAGGACCUUCUCCUCUUUUCUCUUCCACUCCGUUACAUAAUGGCCAGACUAGGACUCUCUAUCCAAACAAUGUCAUUUAAUGCACAGAAACACUGCAGGUCAUGCAUGUAUGCUAUUCUGAAAAUUAAUUUUAUUCUUG